UAUGGAUUGCGCCACAUUUUCUGCAAAGGGCAAUUUGAGAGUGUCCUUACCGGCUUCCCGUCGGGUACGUAUCAUCCCGGAAGAUAUACCUUUCUCCUGACACGUAGCAACCGCAACCAAGUUGGCAGGGCUGUGGGUAGAUUUGUCAAACAUCACAGAGUGAGAGAUGUCAGGGUUUGACAAUUUCAACACAGACUUUUACCAGUCCAGCUACAGUGUAGAUGACCAAAGCCAGGGCGGCUAUGAAUACAGCAAUGCUGAAAAUCCCUACAACAAGCCAUACGGUCAGUAUGACUACUCUCAGCCCAUGGACUACUCUUCCCCAGGGAUGAUGCAACCCCAGCAGCCAUACACAGGACAAAUCUUCCAGCCCACACAGACCUACACCCCAUCCGCAUCACAAUCCAUGUAUAGUAGCAGCUUCGAUGAUGAGCCGCCACUGCUAGAAGAAUUAGGAAUCAACUUUGACCACAUCUGGCAGAAGACUCUGACUGUGCUCCAUCCGCUGAAGGCAGCAGACGGUAGCAUCAUGAAUGAGACAGACCUGGCUGGCCCCAUGGUCUUCUGUUUGGCCUUCGGAGCGACACUUCUCCUGUCAGGUAAGAUCCAGUUUGGCUACGUGUACGGUAUAAGUGCAAUUGGCUGCCUUGGCAUGUACUGCCUUCUCAACCUAAUGAGUAUGACGGGCGUCUCCUUCGGCUGUGUGGCCAGUGUGCUGGGAUACUGCCUCCUCCCCAUGAUCAUCCUCUCCGGCUUUGGAGUCCUCUUGUCUUUACAGGGCAUGAUCGGAAUUAUACUAACAGCAGCAAUCAUUGGCUGGUGCAGUUUGUCAGCCUCAAAGAUCUUCAUCUCAGCGUUGGCCAUGGAUGGGCAGCAGCUGUUGGUUGCUUACCCCUGUGCACUCCUAUAUGGGGUCUUUGCACUCAUCUCUGUCUUCUAAAAAAAAAAAAAAAAAUCAUUGAGACACAGUUUAAAAUAACUGCCCACCAGUUUCUGUAAUUUCAGUGUAAUUUGUGUAAUUAUUGCCUAAUUACACUGUUAUUUCAGAAAAAUGGGAGCUCCUGUCUAAAAUGACACCAAGGGUUUUUUGUUUUGUUUUCCUUUUCCUUUAUAAGCCUCCACCUCUCACUACAUUCGUACUUGACCAUCUGCAGGCAGGAGUGUGUUGUCUCACUCAUGUCUUCUCUCCACCUCGGUCCCCUCAUACAUCUUAAAGGAGAUGACUGUCAAAUAAACCUAGUGAAAAGUAACUCUCCUCUGGACCAAGUUGAGCCUUUAACGGCCUAGUACAGUCCUAUGAUUUUUAAGGACAUGAAGGGGAAGGAAGCAAGCAACUAGUUCACACACGGAGGAGACGAGGUUCUCGAUUACCAAGAAGGAGCGACAACCAACCCUCAGCAUAGCCUGCAGCCCAAUUUGGAGCCAGUUGAAACGCCACGUAUCAUGAUUUUUGCAAAAGCUGUGAGCCAUUUGUGGCAAACACCAAUAGAUUCUACAGCUGCAAGUCUAAGGGAAACACCCACGUUCCUUCUGCACAAGACUACAGUAGCUCAUUCUACUUCUCUACCCAGAAAAGGCAGAGGAAAACGGGGGUCUGCUCCUCUAUAUGAUCUUUGAUGUAAAAACAGCAGCUCUGCAAUAUCUUUAUGUAUUGUUUUAUUAUAUUCUCUUGAAAUUCAUUUGAGUUUUGAUGCCUUUCAAGAAGACAAAAGUACAGUUUACACAAAAGCAUUGUUAUAAUUUUCAAAACCAAACAAAUUUGAUUAGAUAUUGAGAAUUAAUAGUCUGAGAGAUACUGUAUAUUUCUAGGUACAACUAGUCAACUUGCUUUGUAUGCUUUGAUGUGUCAUCUGUUCAUGUCUUCUCAUGCACAUUAAAGUUGUCUUUGAAGGUUAUCUGCCUUGUGAUAUUCAAAGGUACAUUGUAUGGUCAAGGAGAUAAUUGUAAAAAGAGAUUGAAACAUUUUAUUUGGCCUAUGGACCUCUAGCUGUCUGCUGUGUGGCAGAAGAAAGGCUUGUGUGCACUGGAUGAAGUGGGUGUAUGAUGCAUAAUAACAGUUUUCAACAGCCUGGGGAGAUUUUAUCACAGCUGGUUGGUUGAUCAAAGGAAAUAAUUUGCAUGCUUUGAUCGACACCAUUGUCCUUUUUAUUGAGUGCAGACAUUUGUCUGUGGACAUGUUUGCACCUCCAGCGCUAAAGCUUGUUCAGGUGAGGGCAACGUUAACCACACAUCACCCUAAGAACAUUUCCAAUUCUCAAGUCAUCAGCUGCAAGUACUCUUACAGGCUGUUCAGGAUGGGUUGGUUAUUGGCAUUUGGUUAUUUCUAAGCUUUCUGCUGAGCAAUUCGCGGCUAUGUCAUUACAUUUUUCUGUUAAACGUUUUUUUUUCAUUAAUUAGGGAGUAGUUAUUGACGUGUGCAUGUUUGUCAGUAAAAAUAUCACCUUCUUUACACCGUAGCACGCAAUACAGGACCUAUUCAUUCACAAGCUAAUGUAAAAAUACUGUAACUUGAUAACAAAUAAUGAUGUAAUUAUGAUACACCACUGUAUGACAUUUAUGCCAUUUUGAUUACUUUAGUGAUGCCAUUUGACCGUAGCAACAGGAUUAGCUGUUAAACAAAAGGGCUCCUUAAAUGGAUAACCCACUUAGGAGGAAUGAAUAAUUCAAAAAUGAAAAUGGAAUGCUAUUCCAACAAACUCAACAUCAAGGAGAUACUUUUUAGCAAACCUAAUAGGAGCAGUCUGCUCUCACAGGCCACUCUCUCAUAUGGCCAGUGUUUAAAUAUAUGCAUCUUGUUUAUGUAUAAUCUGUUUUGUAUAUCGAUUUAAAUAGGAGGUAAAAUCAACCUGUAUUUUAGUGUUAAUUACAUUAUUUUAUGUAUGAAAGUGUUCAGUGUCACACUUUCUCUCUAAAUAAAACAUUGCUUGUAUAUGUCA